AUAGUUAUAUAGCCAUAGUUAUAUAGUCAUAGAUAUAUAGCUAUAGUUAUCUUCUGUCGAGAAAAUACGGCAGUUUCUAAUAGAGACGUAAAAGAGUGUGGAGAAGAUGUCACGCAGAGCAAUUAAAGUGAUUAAUUGGUCGGCAUUAGCCGAAAAAAUUCCAGAGACAGAAACUGCAUUCGCCGCCUUUAAAGCCAAAUCUGAUCAACACCUGCGACGAAUGAACUCAAAUCCAGAAACACCUCCAAAAAUUGAUUGGGCAUUCUACAAGAAAAAUAUUUCAGUGCCUGGAUUAGUUGACAAAUUUCAGAAGGAAUAUGAAUCUUUCAAAGUACCAUAUCCUAUAGAUAAAUAUACUUCAGAAGUUGAGGCUCAAGAAAAAGAAGUGAAUUCCAAAAUUGGGCAAUUUAUUGUCGAGUCGAACCAACGCAUUGCCACUGCCACUAAGGAAAUUGAGAGAAUAAGGAAUUUACUGCCAUUCUCAGAAAUGACAAUGGAAGAUUUUCGAGACGCCUAUCCGGAUCAAGCCAUAAAUCCUGAUAAACCAACAGCUUGGCCGCAUACAUAUGAAGUACAGCCAGAAAACGAAAAAGGACGACCUAUGCAUCAUUAAUAAUCUGUAAUGUUGUGUUCGAAACAGUGAAGUGUAGUCAUAAUUUACUUCUAAUAUUUGAUGAUUGAACUACGCGCGCGUAUCAAGUUGAGAAGAAACAUUCUCUUGUAUUUCUGUUACUAUCAUAUAUUCAAAGUAAAUUUUCUUGCUUUCAGAUG